AUGCAGUGCGCCGUGUGUCCUUCCAGCCCCGCAGCGAUGGCUCUGAGCCUACCCUGCAGCCACGUGAUGUGCGCCUCGUGUGCGGCGUCGGCGCUGGGCCGCACACGCCGCUGUCCUGUGUGUGACGCAACCGCCACGUCAGCAGCGCCUGCAGAGCCGUCAGCGAGCACAGUUGUCAUCAAGCACAAUGGCGCCGCCUUUACUCUCGGCGUCGUGGACGAUGAGCCGCUCUAUCCGCUGUGCGUCUCUGUGUGGCGCUACCCCGCUGGCCGCGUCAAGCUCAUCUCGCGCGGCACGGUGCUAAAGCGGGAGGAGGCGCGUGCAGUCCCAGGCAUGGUGCUGCAGUUGAUGGCAUCCAGCGGCGCGAUCGAGCCAGUCGCGAUCCCUAGACUGCGGGUGCGAUCCGCGGAGUGGUGGGAGGCGGCCACCGGCUUCCUGCGAGCGACGUGGACGGCACUGCCCGCCCGCGGCCACUGGCUGUCGUGGAUGUGGCGGUUGGUGAGUACCGUCACCCUCUUCUUUCGCUCCCUCAUCGCACCGAUGCCUCCGCCGGCACCUCGCGAAGGGCCGCGGUAG